AUGUCAUCAGAAAAAACUGCUCACGAAAUAAAAUCCGAUUUUCUCAUGGAACAAGUUCACGAACUCGCUCAAAAACAUCAAGAAUCCUAUGAAAAAUGGAAAAAUGCCAAAAAUUCUUAUGACGAAAAAAAGACACGGUAUUUCAACAAUGUUUUCAUGCCAUUUUAUCGAACCGGAAAAGCUUUGGCUCAAAAUCGAAAAUUGAGUAUUCGAAAAAGAUGCGCGAUUUUGAAAGAUAUUCAGGUGGCUUAUAAGAAGAUGAAGAAUUUUGGAAAAAAUGAACAGGCACAGGUUUUUAAGCUUCAAUUUGAAGGUAGGUGAGGGAGGGUUAGAAAUGUGAGGGACCAUUGAAUUUUUUUGAAAUUUUUGGUUGACAUGAGAAAAAUUUGAACAAUUUUUGAAACAGUACAUUUUUUUUGACUGAAAUUUUUAGAAAAAUCAAUUCAAGUAAUUAUUCAAAAACAAUCAGCAAAAAAUUUCUAAAAUUUUUGAAACAGUGAAUUUUUUUAAUGAAAAAUCUAAAUUUUUCAAAAUUCCUCUGAAUAUUCUGAAGUUAUUGAAAUUCUUGGUAACUAGAAAAUCAUUAUUUUCAUAAUUUUUGUGAACCUACAGAAACAUGCAUAUUGAUUCAAAAACAAUCAGCAAAAAAUUUCAAAAAUUUUUGAAACAGUACAUUUUUUUGAAAUUUUUUUUUUUUUGAGAAAUUUAAAUUUUUAAAAAUUCCUCUGAAUAUUUCAAAUUUACUGUAAUUUUUGGAAACUAGAAAAUCAAUAUUUUCAGAAUUUUAGUGACACAACGGUGGCUUUAUUAACCCAAAACAAUCAGCAAAAAAUUUGUAAAAUUCUUGAAACAGUAAAUUUUUUUUGACCUAAAUUUUUAGACAAAUUAUCUUUAAAUUUAAGUAAUGAUUCAAAAAUAAUCCGAGAAAAAAUUGUAAAAUUUUUGAAACAGUGAAUUUUUGAAUUAAAUUUUUUUGUUGAAAAAUCUAGAUUUUUAAAAAUUUAUCUGAAUAUUUCGAAGUUACUCUAAUUCUUGGUAGAUUUUUUAAGCAACAAUCUAUUAUUCCAAAACAAUCAGCAAAAAAUCCAUAAAAUUCUUGAAACAGUUAAUUUUCCCAACCCCUUUUCUAACUUCCAGCCAUCAAAGAUCAACACAUCUUGCAACACACCAUGAAACUUUUCUUCGAUCUCCAGCAUUCUCGACUCAACGAAGUUCGUUCAAUCUUUCAACAAAUGUCUCAACUUGCUGAACAAGUUGAGAGACUCGGGAAAUAUUAA